UUACUAUUUGCUGCUGAUUAAUUUCAUUAUUGAUGCAAUGAAUGAUCAGGCAUCUUUACAGCCCGGUGCAACUGUAUCGUUUGGCUAUCGGAAUAUCAAAGGGCUAAAUCGGUCAUUACAAGGUGCAAUCACCCUCGGCAACCUCUUCAGUCCUGAGGACGAUAUUAGUUAUAACUUUGACUACACACACCCAUACUUAGACGGGAUAGAUGAUCCACGGAAUCGCACUUUCAAGGCGGAGUGCUUCAAUACUAAAAAAGUCAGCCCCGUUUUCACGGGCGGGCCAGGAGUUUCCAACAGCCCAAUAUGGGUAUGUAGGGACGGAAUUAAGGCCACCAUCACUGAGGAUUAUAGCAGGCAGAGCAAAUUCAGCUAUGGACUAGUGAUGGAAGAGGUAAAAACACGAGACGAAGGAGGUGAUAUUGCGGCAAGGGGCAAUACGGUGUCGUAUAAAGGAGAAGGUAUAGCAAACGGACCUCCAACGACUUUGAGCGGAACGGGGGUUGAUCGUAUGGCCUUCUUACAAGCUAAUCUAACACGAGACAAUACUAGAUUUCUCAAUGGUGCAUUAGUUGGCACGAGGGAUAUUUUUCAGGUAGAUCAAGGGCUCGGCAUUGGUAGUAAGUUUGCAUUUUUCAACCGACACAAAAUAUCUACGACAAGAUUCUUCCCGCUAAUGAAAGUUGAGGAAGGCAAAGGCAAAGCGCCGCCGCCGGUUUUAGUCCUCCACGGCAUGUACGGCGGUUGUGUUGGAGAUCUUCCGAAUCAUGAAGCUUUCACCAUCGGCGGACCAACUUCUGUAAGGGGCUACAGCGUUGGAGAGAUUGGGGCGUCAAGAAACAAACUCGAGUUAGCUGCUGAGUUAAGAGUACCAGUUAAAGGAAGUGCAUAUGCUUAUGCAUUUGCAGAACACGGUAACGAUUUAGGGAGCUCGGUAUCAGUCGAAGGAAACCCUACAAAGUCGUACAUGCGAAAUGGCCAUGGUUCAUCAUACGGCGCUGGGGUCAAAAUCGGCAAUGUGAGAGCAGAAUACGCCGUUGAUCACAAUUCCAACAAAGGCGCUUUUUUCGUUCAUUUCGGAGAUAGAUUUUGAGCCAUAUAAUU